AUGGCUCUUUUGAAGGAAAACGCGAAUGGAGAGAAUAAUGCUGCAGAGUUGAACUUCAGUAUUGGCGAGAUAGUGAGCGGAUUCAAAUUAGUCAAAAAAAUAGACGAAGGUGGUUUUGGACAAGUCUACAAAGUGACGAAAGAUGAUAAAACAUUCUAUGCAAUGAAGUUGGAAUCGAAUUUUCUAGAAGGCGGAUCGGCGAUCAAACUGGAAAUCAAUGUGUUGAAUCAACUGCCCAGAGAAUCAGUGUUCCCUGCGUUCAUUUCCGGUGGAAAGAAGACAAAAUUCCAGUUUCUCGUACUUGAACUUCUGGGGGAUAAUCUGAAAGUUUUGAAGUCGAAGAGCCCGAAUCCAGACGUUUUUUCGGAUGGAACAUGGUCAAGAGUCGGGAUUCAGUGUCUGUAUGCAAUCAAGAAGAUGCAUGACGCUGGAUUUGUCCAUAGAGACAUCAAGCCCAAUAACUUUGCCAUUGGAAUCAGUACAGCCACAGAAACCAGAAGUCGACGAAUUCUUCUCUUUGAUUUUGGAUUGGCGAGGAAAUUCAUUCAGACCACGGGUAAAAAAGUGUCUAAUGCGGGUGUAUCGAAGAAGGUGGAUAAAGGAGGCUCGAAACGAAAAACUCACCACUCAAAAGUAAAGACGGCCAAGUCGAAAAUGACCGCUGGAGCAUCGAAACUCUCGAAGACGAAGAGCAAACAUGUUCCGGCUGGGGCGAAAUUGGAGCAGAAUAAGAAGAAGAAUACAAUUCAAAACCGAUUUCUGGUUGGUCCACAAGAGAAUCAGGGGAGCAUAGAGGAGGUGGCAAAGGAGGAGGAGUACAUGUUUCGGGUGCCUCGCCCACAUACUGAUUUCCGUGGAACACAUCAAUACGCAUCUCCGAAUGCUCACUUGCAGAAGGAAUUGGGUCGCCAUGACGACAUUUGGUCUCUGAUGUACAUGAUUGCUGAGUUCUUCAUCGAGUUGCCUUGGAGCAAUAACGAAGAAAUUCCAGUUGAAUCUUUGAAAGAUCAAGCCAGUCUUCUUCGACUCUUCUUCGAUGAGAAGUAUCCGACUCGUCUGACCCCGAAAAUGCAAGGACAACUGAAUGAAAUCGAUCAAAUGCUCAAGGAUACCAACUAUUAUACCCAUCCAAAUUAUGAUGUUGUCUAUCAGUUUUUGUCUGAUGUAAUGAAACAAUCGGGCACUCUUUGGGAGACUCCGUAUGAUUGGGAGAUGGGAAAACAGUCGGAAAUGGAUAAAUCGAGAACGGUGAAGAUCAUCAAGAAGGAUUUUGCGUGGGAGAGGGGCGAUAAGUUCUUCAAGUUCAAUCGCUGGAUUCAACUCAAACUGCCAUCCCAAUCCCCUCCAGUUUCCACGAAACAAUUUGGUGCCCCGCAACCAACUUCUGUAAUUGGAUUCACUAAAAAAGAUUUUCGAAAGUUCAAUCGACAAGCGAGUAAGGAGGAAGUUGAUGAUGGGGAGGUUCUGGUUGAAGUGGGUGGAGGCGGACAGAAGUCGAUGAAGAAGGAGAUGGAAGUGGUGGAGUCGAAAAAGGAGAUGAAGUGA